AUGACAUCAUUAUGUCAACUGCCUAUAGAAAUAAUACAAACUGUAUUAUACUAUAUUAUAGGAACCAAUGAAGAUGCUAUCAUACAUAUCGUUUCUACUAGAUGUAAUGAACAACGUCAACAAUUAAAAAAAUCCUUUAAAACUUCAUACGGCCGAGAUUUAAUAGAAGAUAUUAAAAGUGAAUUAAGCGGUGAUUUUAAAGAGACUGUCAUGGCAUGUUUUGUUAAACCAGCUGUAUAUGAUGCUUGGUGUAUUAAAGAGGCUAUAUAUGGGCUUGGUACAGAUGAAGAAACAUUAGUAGAAAUAUUAAUGACAAGAACUAACGCUCAGAUUAAUGAAAUGAAAGAAGUUUAUGGAGAUGAUACACAAUUAGAGAAGGAUAUUGAAGAAGAUACUAGUGGAGAUUUUAAACGUCUUUUAAUAUCAGCUUCACAGGGUACUGGUAUGUAUGAAGUAAAUUAUGAUGCUCUAACUGAUAUGGAUCAAGCCAGAAGAGAUGCUGAAGAGUUAUAUCAAGCUGGUGAAGCUAAAUGGGGAACAGAUGAAGAAACAUUUAACCGUAUCUUCUCAACUAGAGAUUACUAUUCAUUACGAGCUAUCUGGAAGGAAUAUGUUAAGAUAACACAGAGAGAUAUAUUAAACUCUGUAGAUAGAGAGACGUCUGGUGAUUUUAAAUCAGGAUUACGUGCUAUUGUAAUGAAUAUAAGAUGUCGACCUAUGUUUUUUGCUGAGAAAUUAAUGAGAGCUAUGAAGGGUUUAGGAACAGCAGAUAAAACUAUCAUUAGAGUCAUAGCAUCCCGUUCCGAGAUUGAUAUGGUACAAAUUAAAGAGUGCUUCUUACAGUUGACAGAAAAAACAUUAUGGAAAUGGUUGGAACAUGACUGUAGUGGAGAUUAUAAGAAAUUACUCCAGAAAUUAGUUGGCAGGGAUUAA